AACUUUCUCCUGGUAUCAGUAUUGGACAUUUUAAAGGUUCACAAAAUGCAUGUAUGCUAGUUCAAAUAAAUCGUAACCUGGAGGUGUCUAUAUUCUUGCAACAAAAUACUUUUUGUGCAUUCCUUUUUUCUUCUUCUAAGUGUUGCGCCAAAGUCUCAAGAUACAGUUUUUUGAAUACCAACAAAAAUGGACGUCUUCUCGAUUAUGCCCUUUGUAGGAUUGACAAUAAUCAUAGAUUGUUAGAAAAUCCAAAUAAAUUAUUUGGAACUGAAAUAAAUGUUUCUG